AUGAAGAUUUGGGCAUUGCUUCUGCUACUGCUGCUAGAUCUGAAUGUUGGAAAUUGCGCGGUUCAAUGUCCGGUCCGUUUGUACUGUAAAGAAAACAAAACCAGUAUUCUUGAGCUGCCUGCCCAUCCUUCUUCAGUGAAAUUCGCCGUCCGUCGCAUUAAUUACACAUCAAAUUCUUUAGAAAUUUAUGAUCCCAAACACUGCCUUCCACAACUCUUUCUCGCACUCAAUUACUCAUCAUUUGAUCCUUUCCCAUUUUCUCUUGAUGAAAAGCCCAGCAACGUUACUUUCUUUAAUUGUUCUUCAAGAUGCCCGAUUCGUGCGGCUGGUGAUGACGAUGAUAUUAUCGACUCAAACUUGAUGUCCUGCACAAAACUGGUUCGUCAGGUUAUGCCAUUACCCGCAAAUGUGCUACUGUAUUCUUCAAUCCAAUUGGUAUGGAAGAGAAGUUUCCAUAGUGGCGAUGGAUGCUUUGUCCCUUGCAGAGACUCUGUUUUGGAGACUCCUACUAAUGAACGCAAGCCUAAAACAGGGAAGAAGUAUGAAUCCAUUAUUUUACCCAUUGCAGGUGCAGCUCUCCUUGUGUCAAUACUCGCUGCCUUGUAUUAUAUGCAUCGCUAUUACAGAAACAAAGGGGAAGAUCAACAAAGAGUUCAAACUUUCUUGAAGGACUACGAGGCAUUCAAACCAACCAGAUUCUCUUAUGCUGAUAUCAAGAGAAUCACUAAGCAAUUCAAGGACAAGUUAGGUGAAGGAGCUCAUGGAGCUGUCUAUAAAGGUAAAUUGUCCAAUCAAAUUCUCGUUGCCGUCAAGAUCCUCAAUAACACACAAGGAGACGGAAAAGAGUUCAUAAAUGAAGUGGGAACAAUGGCCAAAAUCCACCACGUCAAUGUGGUUCGCUUGCUGGGCUAUUGUGCUGAUGGAUCUCACCGAGCUUUAGUUUAUCACUUCUUCCUCAAUGGUAAUCUCCAGAGCUUCAUUGCUUCGUCCAGCGACAACGAAACCUUUCUCGGAUGGAACAAGAUGCAUCAGAUUGCUAUUGGCAUAGCUAAAGGGAUUGAAUAUCUUCAUCAAGGCUGUGAUCAAAGAAUUCUGCAUUUUGAUAUUAAUCCUUACAAUGUCUUGUUAGAUCAAAGUUUCACUCCUAAAAUUUCAGAUUUCGGAUUGGCUAAGUUGUGCUCAAAGAAUCGAAGUACAGUAUCCAUGACUGCAGCAAGGGGAACGUUAGGAUACAUGGCGCCGGAAGUUUUCUCUAGAAACUUCGGGAAUGUAUCUUAUAAAUCCGAUAUCUACAGUUAUGGGAUGUUAUUACUUGAGAUGGUUGGAGGAAGAAAAAACACAAACGAGAAUCAAGAAACAUUUCAAGUUCUAUAUCCCAAUUGGAUGCACAAUUUGCUCGAAGGAGAUGACACAUAUAUUCCAAUUGACGAUGAAGGAGAUUUCAGAAUUGCAAAGAAACUAGCAAUAGUAGGACUAUGGUGCAUCCAGUGGCACCCGGUACACCGUCCCUCCAUGAAAAGUGUAGUUCAAAUGCUUGAAGGAGAGGAAGACAAGUUGAAAGUGCCGCCAAAUCCUUUUGAAUCUGCCGCUGAGAGUAGUUCAAGUGCAAAUAAUCCAGCAAGAUGUAUGAAUUUGGAAUUGGAAGUGAUUCCAGAAACAGAAUAA